CGUGCAUCAAAACUCCGCCCGCAUUUAUUACUCCCACUUCCACUUCUCCUCCAAUUCCCAAUUCCCAACUGCCAUGUAUGUAACACUGUACUACUACUACUACUACUAUAUCUAUAUCUAUAUCAACAUCAUAUCACAUAUCUUAUAUAUAUAUAUAGCAUAUUUCUAUCCAUCCAUCUUUCUAUCUAUAGCCACCAGAGCAGCAUCAGCAGCAGCGGCGGUGGUAUCGGUGUAUUGUAUUGUAUUGUAUGUACACACACAACAUCUCAAACCCUCUACAGUAGCUAGCUUAUCAUCAUCAUCUUCUCCGAUUCGAUUGGAUUAUGGAUUAUUUGUGCGUUGUUGCAGCAGGGGGGGUCGGGGUUGGAGUUCUUCUAUUGAUCUUUUCUCCCCUCCUUCUUGCAUCCCUUAUCAAGAACACAACGACGACACUAAACCGGCUCCUCCUCAGAUCCAGAAAGCUAUUACAGCUUGCCUAUCUUGCCCGCAGCAGCAGCAGCUUCUUCCUCCCCACCAGCAUUGCCUGCCUCUUCGCCUUCUACAAGAACCGCCGCCGCCUCCUCCAUUGGUACACCGACCUCCUCGUCCGCUCCCCCACCCACACCAUCGUCCUCCACCGCCUCGGCGCCCCCCGGACCAUCGUCACCGCCAAUCCGUCCAAUGUCGAGUACAUUCUCAAGUCCAAUUUCCCCAACUACCCCAAGGGAAAGCCCUUCACCGAUCUGCUCGGAGAUUUCCUAGGGUUUGGAAUCUUCAACGUCGACGGCGAGAUGUGGACCAUCCAGCGCAAGCUCGCCAGCCACGAGUUCACCACCAAAUCCCUCCGCGAGUUCGUCGUCAAGAUCCUCGAGGACGAGGUCCACAGCCGCCUCAUCCCGAUUCUCCGCGACGCCGCCGACAACGGCCUGAUUCUGGACAUGCAGGAGGUGCUCAGGAGCUUCGCCUUCGAUACCAUCUGCAGGGUGUCGAUCGGGAUGGAUCCCGGCUGCCUCAACCUCUCCAGCCCCCCGCCGCCGCUUGCGCUGGCCUUCGACGCCGCGUCGGGAAUCUCCGCCAUGCGCGGCGCGGCGCCGAUCUUCGCAGUUUGGAAAUUGAAGCGGGCGCUCAACCUGGGGAUGGAGAAAGAACUGAAGGAUGCGGUGAAGCUGGUCCACGGCUGUGUCGAUGAGAUGAUCCGGUCGAAGAGAGAAUCGAUGGAUGGGAAAUUAGAGAGCGGAAGAGAUCUGCUGUCGAGGUUUCUGGAAGCUGGAAUGGACGAUGAGGUGGUGCGGGAUAUGGUGAUAAGCUUUCUGAUGGCUGGGAGGGACACCACUUCCGCCGCCGUGACGUGGCUGCUGUGGCUGCUGACCGGGCACCGGGAGGCGGAGCAGCAGGUUGUGGAGGAGGUGAGCUCGAUCAUCACGGCAGGAGGAGGAGGAGGGACGAUGGGGUUCGACAACCUGAAAGAGAUGAACUACGUAACGGCGUGCCUGAACGAAUCGAUGAGGCUGUACCCUCCGGUGGUGUGGGACUCCAAGCACGCCGCCAACGACGACGUUUUGCCGGACGGGACUCGGGUUCGGAGGGGCAACCGGGUGACGUAUUUCCCCUACGGAAUGGGGAGAAUGGAGGCGCUGUGGGGGAAGGACUGCCUGGAGUUCCGGCCGGAGCGGUGGCUGGACGGCGGCGGGGGGGUGGCGAGGGUGAGCCCGUUCAAGUUUCCGGUGUUCCAGGCGGGGCCGAGAGUGUGCCUGGGGAAGGAGAUGGCUUUCAUCCAAAUGAAGUACUUGGUGGCCUCGGUCCUGACCCGGUUCGAGCUGCUGCCGGUGCGCCACGACCCGCCGGUUUUUGUUCCGUUGCUGACGGCGCACAUGGCCGGUGGGUUCAAUGUCAGGGUUCGCCGGAGAACAAGUAGCUAGCUAGCUUGCUACUUAAUUAUGAUCACAGAUCAUCAUCAAUUCAGAUAUAUGCCUGUCUGCCGCCGUCUAUGUAUACUAGUAUAAACUUAUAUUGAUUUGCUGCGAUCUGUGUCGUCGUCGUCUUCAAUUUUUAUUUUUUAUUUAAAGUAUAAUAACUGAUAGAGAAUUACUCCAUUUAUUUAUUAUACUGUAUGUUGCUUACUUUUAAACUGGAUGAAGUAAUGGUAUACAUAGUACAAACAAGCAUACAGUUGUGGAAGUGCAUUUGGGAUGGUGAUAUACAGCUAGGAGGGAUAUUUCAUUUAA